GGGUGCAGACCCACACCGUCUCCCUCCAGCUCAACGCCUCCGAUGACCGGGGCAUCGACAUCGUCCGAGGGCCCAUCCUCAGCUUCGCCAGCACCAGGACCAUCUUUAAGAAAGGCUUCAAGCUCGUCAUCCUGGACGAAGCCGACGCUAUGACCCAGGAUGCUCAGAACGCCCUGAGGCGAGUCAUCGAGAAGUUCACGGAAAACACCCGCUUUUGCCUUAUCUGCAACUACCUCUCCAAGAUCAUCCCCGCCUUGCAGUCCCGCUGCACGCGCUUCCGCUUUGGCCCCCUCACCCCGGAGCUGAUGGUGCCACGGCUGCAGCAUGUUGUACAGGAGGAGGGGGUGGAUGUGAGCGAGGAUGGGAUGAAGGCCCUGGUGACCCUCUCGAGUGGUGACAUGCGCAGAGCCCUUAAUAUCUUGCAGAGCACCACCAUGGCCUUCGGGAAGGUGACGGAGGAGAACGUCUACACCUGCACGGGACACCCCCUCAAGUCUGACAUCGCCAACAUCCUCGACUGGAUGCUGAACCAGGACUUUUCCACCGCCUAUCGCAAAAUCAUGGAGCUGAAGACGCUGAAGGGCUUGGCCCUGCAGGACAUCCUCACAGAGAUCCACCUGUUUGUGCACAGAGUCGAUUUCCCACCCUCGGUCCGCAUCCAGCUGCUGAUCAAAAUGGCAGACAUUGAGUACCGCUUGGCUGCUGGGACCAGUGAGAAGAUUCAGCUGAGCUCCCUCAUAGCGGCUUUCCAAGUCACCAGGGACCUGAUUGUGGCCGAAGCCUGAGUCCCACUGCGCGGAUG